CGAGUGUGGGGGGGUGAUGGGUGGCAGAGAUAGUGUACGUGCCUGGCAAGGGAAGCGCGCCUACCAGUGUUCCAGUUCGCCUUGCUCAGUACACAUGUCCUGCAGCAAGUAGCCGAGAGCUACAUGUCUGCAGUAUUUUUCUGGCGGAAGAGUGUGAAUGGCGAACAUAGUUGGAAUGUUGAGAUGGGUGGUGAGUGGUGUAGCCAGCCACACCUGGACGCUGCUGGUCGCCUCCCUCCUCCUGUAUGUUGUUUGGUGGGUCCAGCAUCGCCGCCGCCAGCAUUCAGUCUUCUCCAAGCUGGGCAUCCCAUACAUCACGCCUCAUCUCAUUUAUGGCAGUAAUCACGUCAUGCGGAAACCCGGGGCCCUCGCCACUGACAUUAUCGGUCAAUGGAUACAAGAGUAUGGCAAAGUCUUUGGUUUCUAUGUCGGCUGGAAGCCUACGCUAGUGGUGGCAGACUUGGACCUUAUCAAACAGGUUCUUAUUAAAGAUUUUCAUAACUUCUCCAACCGUCCAGCGCUUGUAGUGCGCGCCCACCCCGUUGUUGACACAGUUGUUGGCCUUCGGGACCAACGAUGGAAGGACGUUCGUGCUAUCUUGGCUCCUACGUUUUCUAUGGUAAAGAUGAAGCACAUGGCUGGCAUCAUGAAUGAGAAGAUUGAUGAACUGAACGCAAUCAUUGGAAAGAAGAGUGCAACAGGCAAGCCAGUGGAGUUGUAUUCCACCUUCCAGGGUUUGACGCUGGAUGUGAUCAGUGAGUGUGCCCUGGCCAUGAAGACCAACAUCCAGCGUGACCAAGACAAAGAUGAAUUCUUCGUUGGAGUGAAAGGCUUCUUAAAGAACGCUAUCAACCCGGCUAUUCUUCUGGCUCUAUACUUUCCUGUCUUCGCCAGUGUCAUGUCAUAUGUGAGUAACAAGCUUGCUCUAUCAGGGAGGAUGACGAAUAUGGUCGUCAACCAUCUCAAGUCUGUCAUAGAGGUUCGCCGUAAAGAUUUGGACACAAAGUACGUAGACGUGCUGCAGCUGAUGCUCGAGGCUGCAGAGUCUCGACAGGACACGUCUGCUGAAGGAGCUGCCACCAAUGGUGCGUCCACUCCACUACCGGGUAAAGAGAGGUCGCAACACAAGCUGCUUACGGACGACGAGAUCAUUGCCAACGCCUGGGUUUUCCUGCUAGGUGGGUUCGAAACGACGGCCAAUACCCUCACGUACACCACCUAUCUGAUAGCAACUCAUCCGGAGGUACAGGAGCAACUCUAUGAGGAGUUGUGCGACGUCAUCAAGGGGGAUCCUGACCACCUGACCUACGAGCAGGUGAAGGAGCUCAAGUACCUAGAUCAGGUGCUGAGUGAGUCCCUCAGGCUCUACCCACCUGUGGUCACCUUCAUCUCCAGAGAGAGUGCUCAAGACUUUAAGCUUGGUGAUAUGGUGAUCCCUAAAGACAUGAGCAUCAUGGUACCUAUCUGGCAGCUCCACCGUGACCCUGAGCAGUGGACUGACCCUGAGACUUUUGACCCGCACAGGUUCUCCUCGGACACUAAGGCAGCGGAGGCGCGCCACCCCAUGGCCUACAUACCUUUUGGUGCUGGUCCAAGGAAUUGUCCUGGAAUGAGAUUUGCUCAGCUGGAGGCUAAACUGACACUUGCUAGAAUAUUGAAAAGCUACAGGCUGGAGGCGUGUGAAUCCACACCCAAGCAACUGACCUUUAUUAUCCCUACUGUGGCUAUCAACCCAAAAGAAGGCGUGUAUGUCAAGGCUGUACCGAGGGAGCUCACUCCAAAGUUAUCUUAGUUGUUUUUACAGUAGCCUAGCCUACACUCACCUUGUUGAACCUACCAAUACGUAAUAAUGACUUUCCUGCCACAAGAACAAAUCAAAUUUUAUAUACAUUUUUGUAUUAUGGAAUUUAAUAAUAAUAUGUAUAUGGAAA